GGAUGUAUUACCAGUUGUCUGUGAAGGCCCACCACCAGUUUUUAGUAUUUCCAUCUUCUCUUCUGGCUCCUGUUUCCGUAGGUCCCUUUUUUAUUGUCAUAUAGCUUUUUUAAGGAGUCCAUUGUUCGAUGCCUCCCUUCAAGGCAAGCUGCAUUAAAUUUUGCAGUAAUUUUACUCCACGCUUGUUUUUUUGUUUUCGAUGAUCCCUUUAAAUUCCGUAAUUAUAGAUAG